AGUGUUUGGUAUCUUCGCUCUCACACACACACCCACGCCAACAUUCCACCCACUCUCCCACCUACCAAUUCUCUUUUCCCCUUCAUUUCUCACCCACCAACCGUUAUAGCCGCCAAUGCUUCAAACUCUCUUCAUUUUUCUUCUCUCUCUUAGCUCUUCUUAUGCUUCCUCUCUCUCUCUCUCUGCCAAAUUUCUUUAACUUUCUCUCUCUUCAAUGGAAACCAAACUUCUAAGACCCACCUUCUCUAUUCCUUCAAGACCCACUUCCUCUUUUCAUCUCACACCUCAUAGAACGUCACUUCCCUUCAACCCCAAUUCCCAUUUUCCCCAAAAAACCAAUCUUUCUCUUCCUCCACACGCCACUUCCUUUCGAUCAGUGCCAAUAAAGAAAAGGAUUGAUGGGAGUGAAAACCUGACCCUUGAUCAUAUAAGACAUUCUUUGAUUCGUCAAGAGGACAGCAUAAUCUAUAAUCUCUUGGAGCGAGCACAAUACUGUUACAAUGAAGAUACAUAUGACCCUGAUGCCUUUUCUGUGGGUGGAUUUCAUGGCUCGUUGGUAGAAUACAUGGUCAGGGAAACUGAGAUGCUUCAUGCCAAGGCGGGAAGAUACAAGAGCCCUGAUGAGCAUCCAUUCUUUCCAGAUGGCCUACCUGAACCAAUGUUACCACCUUUGCAAUUCCCUCAGGUUUUGCAUCCUAUUGCUGAUUCAAUUAAUAUAAAUGAUAAAGUAUGGGGUGUAUACUUCAGAGUUCUGAUACCACAAUUAGUCAAGGAAGGAGAUGAUGGUAAUUGUGGAUCCACUGCUGUUUGUGAUGUUAUGUGCUUGCAGGCCCUCUCAAAGAGAAUCCAUUAUGGAAAAUUUGUAGCUGAGGCAAAAUUUCAAGCUUCUCCAGAUGCAUAUAAACCUUCCAUUAUAGCACAGGACAGGGAUAAGUUGAUGGAACUGUUAACAUAUCCUGAAGUUGAAGAGGCAAUUAAGAGGAGAGUUGACAUAAAGGCCAAGACUUUUGGGCAAGAAGUGGUUAUAAAUAUGAAGGAACAGCGAACCGAGCCGGUGUACAAAAUAAAUCCAAGCUUGGUUGCUGAUCUAUAUGGUGAAUGGAUCAUGCCAUUGACAAAGGAAGUUCAAGUUGCAUAUUUGUUGAGAAGGCUGGACUGAACAUAACACGUACGUUUUCAAUUACAAUGUCCAUAUGGUACUUAUUUUCCAUGUUAUGAUUCAUGCAAUGGAAAGUCUCUGAUGUACAAAAUGAUUCACUUUCUGUGACUCAUGAUUAUAAAUUCUAGCUUUUGUAAUUAACAUAUUAGGAAGUUGUGUUCUUAUGUACUGAUUCAUGGUGUCUUUUUUAUUUUUAUCUUGUGUUGAUUUCAUUUGAUUUCAUUUCAUUGUAAACUUGAAUAUUUUUAUUAUAAUUGUAAAAGGAAGUGAACAUUGGAAUGUUAGAUGCUUUAAGUUUCAAUAAUUUUCUG